GGAAGCAGAAAGAUAAAUAUUGUCACACAGCUACAAGUGACAGUGACCCCGCCGACAGAAACUCAUCCUGUCAUUCAGUCCAUAUUGGGCAGCAAUCUGAAAAAGCUCAAGAAGUUACUGCGGGACAACAACAUCGAUGAUGUUUAUCCCUGCAAAGAGUGGAAUGAUUAUAUAACUCCACUGAUUGCUGCAGUUGUAAAACACAACAAUGAAAUUUGUACUUACCUCCUGCGUCAAGGAGCGGAUCCAAACAGACCUUCCCAAAAAGGCCUCGCUGCUCUGCAUUAUGUCUCACUGUCCAAAGCACCACUUGGUUUUGCAGAGGAACUACUUGACACCGGAGCAAAUCCUAAUGGAUGGAAUAUCACAACACCCAUCGAAAUUGCUGCAAAGAAUGACAGAGAGGAUGUCAUGAAAUUACUUCUUUCUGCUGGUGCGCAGGUAACUUUGUUACCAAUAGCUGAUCAAAUCUUAAAACAUUUAUCCCAGAAGAUGCAUGACUUGGCAUCCAAAGGAGAGAAAGGAUGUUCUGAAAUGAGUUAUUUUUUAGACAUGGAAAUUGCUUUACGAGAGAAGUCUCUUGAUGAGGUGUUUAGGACCUUUCACAGUCACAUGCUGAUGGAGGAUCCUCAGAGCCAUUUGACCAUGAUUGAAGUACUGUUCACUGUUCAAGGGCAAGGUAAAGAAAAAUACUGCCAUGGGAGUAUAAAAUGGUUAAAGGAAACAGAAAAUCUGGACACCUACAUUGCAGGUGCAGUCAAUCGAUUUGCAAGCAUCUCUAAUGUACACAUACAUAGAGCAUUUGAGAGUUUGCACACCGUUUUCUGCACAAUGGAAGACAUACCAAAUGAGCAAGCACAGGCUAUAAUUCCCCCUCUGCUAGAACAACUUUGUUUGAAAAAGAGACGUGAUACCAGGGUGGUGUUUCUGCAAAGUCCAGAACACGAUGAGACUUUUGAAGCUGUUCUGCGAAUACUUUAUGUGAUAACACAAAAAACCAAAGACAUCAACUCCUUGGAUUCAAGCUUCAUGGAGAACUUGUGCAAAAAAGUUUCCCCUUUCAUCGAUGAGCCGCACUCCUCUGACAUCAGGUUAUACACAUAUGGCAUCUUUGCAAACAUGCUCUCAGUGAACCAUGCAGCCAACAUUUUCAGGUCAGUGAGGAUGACUGCCGUGCCUGAGGACAUACUGAUAUCUGCAUCUAUAACAACCAAUGACAAGCUGAAGGAAGCACUUAGGCAGCUCAGAGAUUAUUUCAGCAAGCCGAGCUCUGAAUUUGAAGGCAGUCCGCUCUCGCUUGAGCACAAGAAGAAAAAGAAAAAGAAGAAAAGCAAGGGGAAAAGAUCAGAGAAGGUCAACCCAGAUGAUCAAGUGGAUCCAAUAGCAGCAGAAUCCGUGGUGGAAUCGACUUUGACUGGAGAGACUUCUCACCCAACGACUCCCAGAUCACCAGAAACAAGAACAUGGCUGCCAAUCAGCCAGAGAUGGAAGGAAAAGCUGAAGAGGCUUGCUGAGAUUGAUGACAGCACAGUCAGCAGAAUCGGAAGCAUCGUUUAUGUGAAUGAUGCUGACUUCCGCAUCGCGAAGGGAAGCGAUGGCACUGAAGUCUUCCUGGGGCUGAGGGAUGACGGCACAGAAGUCGCAAUUAAAAGGAUGUCUAAAAGCAACUAUCAAGUGUUGAAGAAUGAGGAGGGAAUCCUGCGGCUACCUGAACUUGAUCAUCCAUCGAUUGUGCGAUACAUUGACGCUGCAGAGGAUCGCAACUUUGGAUAUCUUGGUCUCCAACUUUGUGAAUACACCUUGGAAGAAUAUAUCAGAGAUAUUGGCAACGACCCGCUACGGAGACAGAAACUUGUCCAUGAGUUGCUUGACAGCUUGAGGGUGCUUCACUGUCAAAAUCCUCAUAUUCUCCACCGAGACCUCAAACCACAGAAUGUUUUAAUCGAUGUCAAGGGAAGGGCAAGAUUAGCAGAUUUUGGCAUCAGUAGACGCUUGCUCAAAGAUCAGACCACUCUGCGCACAUCCAGCGCAGGAACCAAGUGCUGGAUGGCCACAGAGACUUUAACAGAAGACAGUAAGAUACCAUACAAGUCCAACACAGAUAUACAGGUGGCAGGGAUGCUGAUCUACUACAUCCUCUCUGGAGGACAACAUCCGUUCGGAAGAUUCUUUGAGUGCGAGUUCAACAUUUUCAAAGGGAAUUACAACUUGGAUCACGUAGAAGAUGUGGUAGCAAAGGACCUGAUCGAGCAGAUGAUCGUAAAAGAUCAGAAGAGCAGACCUAAAGUGGAGGAAUGCCUGAGUCAUCCCUUCUUCUGGGGCUGUGGAAAGAGAGUUGACUACUUGAGGCGAGCUGGUAACAGGGAUGAGGCUGCAAACUGCCGAAAAGCUGAUCCAGAGCUCAUUAGUUCACUAGAAAACUGCGCCAGCAAUGGAUCCUUCAAACAGUGGAAAAAUAAGUUUCCAGAAGAUCUGGUUCUGAAGAUGGACGGGAAGAACAAAUCCUACCCUGAAAACACGCUGGGUUUACUGCGCUUCGUACGCAACCUCCAGGAGCACUACUCCAGGGAUGCAGCCCAAGUUGAUGUGCUGAGAUUAUUCCCCGAUCUGUUCGGAUGUGUCUACAAGUUUUCCAAGAGCCAAGGGUGGAGUCAAGAAUCGCCCUUAAAGGAAAUGUUUCAAAGAGAAGACAUCAGUGCUGUUUUUGCCACGUCAUCUACGUCCUCUGAGGAGCAUUCAGACGUUGCACUUUCAGAGUCUCAACCCAGUGAAUUGGAGUGAAAUUAAAUUAAAAAGGGGCUCUAAAAACUGAGAGUUGUGUCUUAUAAGAAUACAGAAAAAGAUAACACUCAGAUGUAAAAGCAUUACUUUUGUCCUAAAUUAGCACUUUACAAAUAAACUAAAUUAAAUCAA